AUGCUUGUCAUCAUCGUGCAUCCUGAACAGUGGAAUGGAGGUUCAGAUCGGUGUACUAUAGCAAUGAUUAAGCACUUUGUUGGUGCUGGACAUCGUGUUGUUUGGUACACAACAAGGAUCGACGAAUAUUGGCAAAAUGAAAAUUUCAAUGGAGUUGAGAUUCGGGAUAUGAACAUGGAUCUACAUCCAGGUGAUUGGUUCAGUCAGAAUGUUGCUAUCGGAUGGCAGUUGAUUUACUCGGAUCUCAAUCCGGAUCUUGUUGUAAUCGAUCAUAGUGCUAGUUGCGUACCUAUGAUCAAAUGGAGGUUUCCAAACGUUAAAAUACUUUUCUACUGUCAUUUUCCACAACAACUGGUUACACCAUCCCGAUUAUUCCUCUAUAGGUGGUAUUCGAAAUUGAUUGGUAUAAUUGAAGAGACUAUGUUCAAAAAUGUUGAUAUUAUUAUGGUUAAUAGUCAUUUCACAGAAAAGCAAUUUUUGCGUGUGAUGCCAAACACAAAUCCAUCGAAAGUGAUGGUGGUUUAUCCUCCAUGUGAUGUUGAUUCACUACGCAUCGGUAUUAAGCCGAUAAGUCGAUGUCAAAGACCGCCCAAUAAACCAUAUGUAUUUGUUUCAAUGAAUCGUUUUUGGCCUGAGAAACGACUCGAUAUAAUCGUUGAGGCAGCAGAAGCAUUUCAACGGUCCAAAAAGGAUUAUUUCACCGAUCACUACAAAGAGUUAUUUGAUGACAAUCACAAAAAUCUGAACAAGCAUUCUGUCCCAUUCCAACGUCUACUUUCAGCACUUUUGAAGCGCCGUAACCUGUAUCCACGAGUGCUACUUGCUGGUUCGGUAAUGCCGCACAUACCCGAAUCACGCAUCUAUCAUGCUCUGCUAAAAAAAAUGGUCGAAAAUUUGAACGUAUCGGAUAUGGUCGAAUUUGUUGACUCACCGACUGAAUCACAAAAAUAUGAAUUAUACCGACUUUCUGACACCGUAUUAUACACACCGCCAAAUGAACAUUUCGGAAUAGUUCCAAUCGAAGCGCUCGAGCAGAGACGACCUGUUAUCGUUUGUAAUAGCGGUGGUCCAGCUGAGACUGUUCUUGAGGGUAUCACAGGAUCAAAGAUCGAAUUUCCCGAUGGCAAUCUUCUUGCGGACGCAAUGGAAAAACACAUGUUUCAAAUAUCAUGGCCAUGUCUUGACGAUGAUGAGAGUUACGAACUUCAGAGAAAACGUUUCGAUUUUCAAUUCAGCCUGAACGGCUUCUGUAAGCGUAUCGACAAUGCAGUGGCGAUGAUGUUUCCUGAUUCACUCUACUCGAGCAUACCCACGAAAAGAACGCAUGCUUAA